CAAAAACCUUCAACUCCUCCCAUUCCCUUUGUUUGUUCAAAACAAUGCGUUUUACUCAUUCCUCUCUUUUCACUUUGACUUCAAUUGUGACAAGCUCGAUUGUCUAUCAAGUGAGCUCUGCUCCUGUCUCUCCUAGUGAUCUUGCUUCUCCUGAAAGCCCAUCUGUUGCUCUCAAUACUUUAUCUGGUAUGGCCCUGGCUGGUCAAGGGGAUUCCAACAGACCGAUCUGGGCCAAGAAUAUCGAGAAGAGAAGCAAGCAUCAUAAAAAGCAUAGUAAAACUCACAAAAAGCAUCACAAAAAGACUACAAAGAAAUCAAAGAAGUCAUCCUCCCAUAAAAAAAAGACAACCAAAAGAAAGACAUCCAAGAAGACGACAAAGAAACACAAGACAACCAAGACAACCAAGAAGGGUGGCUCUGGAAGCAAAGGAGGACAAUCAUUCUCUGGUGAUGGUACUUACUACACACCUUCAUUAGGUUCUUGUGGUCUGACAAAUAGCGAAAAAGAUUUGGUUGCUGCUUUGAAUGCUCCACAAAUGAACAACCCUGCCAACCCAAAUCUCAAUCCAAUCUGUGGUAAAUACAUCAACGUUCAUGGUCCCAAGGGCUCUGUCAGAGUCAAGAUUGUUGACACCUGUCCUCCCUGUAAGGUUGGUGAUGUUGAUUUAAGUCCUGCUGCUUUCGGCAAGAUUGGUAACUUUGUUGAUGGCCGUAUCCCCAUUAGUUGGACCUGGGCAUAAAUAAAUAAAAUAUGUACUUUUAUUUGACGCUUCUUAAUUAAUUACAGUUCUUCAACAGUGUGUCAUCAGAUCAUAUAAAUAUUUCCUAUUUCACAAAUCACCGUGUCUAUUUCAAGAUGUGGCUGAUAAUAACAUUUUAUUAUAAACUCCUAUUUUCUUGACUCUUUUUCUUUAUUUAUUGAUCCAUAACAAUAGAGACAAGUAGCAAUAAAAGGGAGCUAGCAAUGCUAUGGAUGUAGUUAAGGUUUCUAUGGUUACUUCACUUGUAGAAAUCAGAAAAAAGGAAUAAUGAAAAUUAUUGUUUAAUUUUGAGUAACAUUAAGAUUUCAGGGAGCUGCAUCGUUUAUGUAACCG